AUGCAUCCAUUUUUACCAGUGGGUGUAUUUGUUGAAGUUUUAACAGACUCUCAACAUGCGAAAAGUAUUAUUCACAAUAAAAAACCAUGUUCAUCAAGUGGUUCAAUAAAUCUGAAGAGUAAUAGUUUGUAUAUGCGUGUGUCAUUCGUGUUUUAUUCAGUUGUCGAUAUGCAAAAUUCAACAAUAAUUGAUGUCCUCAUAGAAACAAGAAAUAUUAUCCUGGAAUUAAGCAAUCGAUUAGACAUCCAUAAGAAUUCUGAUCAUAACUCGUUACAUUCGAAUGUUGUAAAAAGUAAUCCAGUCUCGGCGGAAAUAGUAGUUAAUGGUUAUUCAUCAGAGAAUGAAUUCAACAAUCGUGAAGAUCAAAAUGAUUGGCAAUUCACAACAGCUAAUGAUCAAACAACAUCUUGUUCUCUUAUUCAGUGCUUAAUAUCUAGUCUUCGUCAAUAUCUUAGACAACGUCAAGUAUAUAGAGCUCAUUUGAUUAAAAGUCGUGAGCGAUGA